AUGGCUGAUGCUGCUGCAGAAAACGUAAGAGCCGAAGUUGAGAACCCAAAACAAAUUACAUCGGAACGCCUUGGAAACUAUUUGAUUGAUGGAUGUCAAAAUAAUAAAACAGAUAAACUAAAGUCAGAAUUAAUACCAGAAAACUUACCCAGAAUAAAACUAGCUGGAGUGAAGUCAAACUUAUACAAUCCAGUUCAAAGUACAUUUCGAAGGCGUGAUAUUGAAAAUUUACAAGGAAAACUUAGUGAUGAAUAUUCGGGAUGUACAUUACCGCCAGGAUUAGUUACAUUGCCAAAUUAUAAUGACCACAAAUUUGAUCCACCACAGAUAGUUUGUCCGGGAUAUGAUAUUUUACCCUUGCCACUAAAUGCAGAAUACCAAAAAAAAACUACUGAUGAAUUGUCAUUUUUGAAACAUAAAGAUAUGUCUGAUUUGUGGAAGAAAUUUAUAGACAACGUACCAAUGUCCAAGACCAGAAUGAAUCAUAUUCCUAAAAAUAAAGAUUUUCGUUUUCAUAACUAUGUGGUGAAAUACAUGAAAAAAGACUAA